GACACCGGCCGGUUAGUUGCACAGAUCGCGGUGCGCAGCUCUCGCUUUCGCUUGCCACAUGAAACAUGAAAAUCUGCGCCGCCGUGCGCUGCGGUCAGCGUGACUUUAGACUCAGCGAGCAAACAAAAUUUCCGAUUGACUUGUUCUCCGAUGCUACUCACGCUCUCCCACGGUGUUUAACGUUCGAGUUUGGCUGUACGCAAGCAAUAUUUUCUUCAACUCCACUGCAGCUGUGAUCACCUUCUGCCAUCGAUAUCGUUCCGGCCGACAGCGUUGUCCUGUAUAAUAUGCAGAGUAGUUAAUCUAUUCAACAUCAUCCAUUUCAAGUGCAAUGGCCGUCACUCAAGACUCCUCCAUACAAUCAGUCAACGAGACCAUUCUCCCUCGAAAAUAUCAAGAGGAGAUAUUUCAACGCGCUCAAGAAUGUAAUAUAAUCGCAGCACUCGAUACUGGCAGUGGAAAGACUUUCAUCAGCAUCUUACUCAUCAAAUGGAUCGUACUGCAAGAGAGCGCCCGCGGCAAAGUCAUUGUGUUCCUGGUACCCAAAGUAGCGCUCGUUGAACAGCAGGCCAACUUCAUCGCAGCACACACUCCUUUGCGAGUCAAGAAGUUCCAUGGAUCUCUCGAUCUGGAGCUCACAGAUCGUGCCAACUGGAGGACAUCCUUCGAGAAAUCCGACGUCGUAGUUAUGACUGCGCAAAUAUUCUUGAACAUCAUCACCCAUUCGCACUGGAGCAUCGAUAAGGUUUCUCUUCUCGUCUUUGAUGAGUGCCAUCACACCAGGAAAAAUCACGCAUACAACGGCAUUAUGCGUGAAUAUUUCCAAACACCAUCGUUCCAGCGCCCAAAAGUGUUUGGCAUGACUGCCUCUCCAAUUUGGAAUCCAAAAGAUGCUCAGGGAUCCCUCAUGACCCUCGAGAAGAACCUUGAUGCUAUCGUCAUCGCAGUUCGCGAGCAUGUGUCUGAGCUCCUUCAUAACUCCCCUCGUCCCCUUGAGAUCAUCAAGGAGUACUACCCCCCACCUACCAACUACAUCUACCUACAUCCUAAUCUAUGGGACUGUGUCUCGUUGUUCCGCUCCCCCGACGUGGCUAUUCCGUGGGAAAAGCUUCAGAUGAAGUAUCAUGUCACCCGAAACAGCCUUGGUCCAUAUUGUGCCGACCUCUACCUAUACCACGAUAUCAAAGCACGAAUCUCGCAGAUCAUCAGUGACCUAGAAGCAUCAAUCAAGGACAGACCACAAAUUAAUUAUGACGACGACACAUACCCUAGCAUGGACGUCGACGAACCCUCAGAGACCACUAUCGUCAUUCCUCCUGACCUUGAGCAAAUCGACUUCAUCCUCUGUGAUUUUCGGCCUUUCUUCGAGGAUGAUUCUAUUCCUCCUGCCGUGCCAAUAACUGUACCACUCGCAUGGUGCUCUCCCAAAGUCAAGGCACUUACGGAAGUGCUACUCGACCAUUAUACUCCGACUUUUCAGGGAAUUGUAUUUGUAGAGCAACGGCAGGUGGCGGCUUGUCUGGCAAAGAUCCUUUCGCACAUACCAGAGCUUCGAGGGAGUAUUCGAUGUGCGGAGCUUGUUGGGCAUGGUGGCGGACAUGGGCAGCGUGGUAAGCAUGCAGCCACCGCCAAUGUGAAGGGCAUGGGUCUUGCACGUCAGCAGGAUGUUGUGAAGUCCUUCCGUGAUGGUACUUUGAACUUGCUUGUAGCAACGUCAGUCGCUGAGGAAGGUCUCGACUUUCCUGCUUGCGACCUUGUCAUCCGUUUCGACCCGCUGCAUCAUAUGGUCGGGUACGUACAAUCACGCGGUCGAGCACGCACCAAAACCUCCACGUUCGUUAUUAUGGUCCAGGAAGGUCAUAUGGCACACCUCAACCGUUACAAGAUAUUUGUUGAUAGCGAACCGGAGCUCAAGCGUGUUUAUCAGAGCCGAGAAAACCCUACUCGGCCACCCUCACCAACGCCUUCCGAUUCGGAAGAAGGUGAAGUAGAGGAGGAGAAUCCAGUCGAUUUGGCCGCACGCGAGCGUUAUAUAGUCCCUUCUACGGGUGCUGUGCUCACAUAUGGUUCCGCCAUCAGCCUAUUGAACUAUCUAUGUUCCCUAAUUCCCCAUGACGCAUUCACCCCUACCCCGCUCCCAAAGUACAGCGGUGACUACGCCACUGUACUUGAGCUGCCAUCGAGCCUUCCCCUCCCGAUCGAUAAAUUGGUCUUCCGUGGACCAAUGCGGUGUUCCAAGCGGGAGGCCCGGCGCGCAGUAGCAUUCAUGGCUGUCAAGGAGCUUCACAAACUCGGGGUAUUCGACGACUACUUACUUCCGUCAGCUGGCUCCAAGGGUAGGGGCCUAGAGGAUGGUGACGGGAGGAAACUUAUGGAUGUGACUGAUGUGCCCGACAUCAUAGACGUCCCGGUGCGGGAUCCUUGGGCUCUGGGGCCGCGGCUGAGGAUGCACGUCAUUUCCAUAGAUGGCGUUGACGUUGCAGGACUCGUCACCGGCACGGAGUUACCGGUACUGGAGAUCAUGAGCGAAGGCUGCCGUGUCACAUUGCGGUGCACCGACGAGCUCGUAUUUGACGAGGACGAGGAAUGGGAGAAGUUGGAGAUGCUAAACGAGUAUACCAAAAUGGGCAUCUGGUUCUGCAUCACUGGCCGGCCCGUUACUCUCCCCAUUACUUGUUUCCUCGUUCCACUGACUCCUCACAACUGUAUCGACUUCGACGCUGUGGAGCGUGUUGUCACCGAUCCUCUAGGAACUUACGAUUGGUCAUCUGUGACUGAAAACGACUAUCACCGCACCCUGAUCAUGAACUGUAAUCAGUUUGGACGAGCUAUGGUUCUGCGCAAUAUACGACACGACUUGACCGCACUGUCUGUACCACCACCUGGCUCCCGUGAGUCUUCCUGCUCCACCUACGAAGAAUUCUUCGUACAGAGAUGGACCAGGAAGACCCGCGAAGCGGUCGUUCCGACCGACUGUCCUUUGGUUGAAGCCACUUACCUUCCGCGUCAUCCUUCCGGUCUGUAUCGACCAGCGCACCGCUUACAGGACGUUGACAAGUACAAGCGUCACAUGGCACGACCGGGAGUGCUUGUACCCCAGGGGGCCUGUCGGCGCACGCAUUUCUCGGAGAACGUGUACCAGGCAUUCCUCUUCCUUCCACGGAUAUGCCGCCGCGCUACAGACCUGUACCGCGCUCAACAAGAACGCUUCGAAUUAGGGCUACCUCCCAUCAAGGACGAGCUUUUGAUUGAAGCAUCGACUUUGCCCACGACAAGUGCAACGUGGAAUAACCAGCGUUUGGAAACGCUAGGAGACUCUGUUCUCAAGCUUGCCGCAACUGUUCAUGUCAUGAACAAGUACCCCCACCGACACGAGGGACAACUAUCUCAGCUGCGCCAGAACAGUGUGUCGAAUCGGACUCUGCUGGCAAGGGCAUUAGAGAUUGGUCUUGAGAAGUACCUCACUUCGGAGGGUCAGAGUCUCCAUGUGUGGCGCCAUACCGUUCCAGAAGAUGAUGACCGCAUGCAACCUUUCACACCUGCGAAGCGGCAUGCUCAUCGAGCGUACCCUCGUAGAAGCUUACAGGACUGUAUGGAGGCUACGUUAGGCGCUGCAUUUCUGCAUGGAGGGAUGGAUAUGGCCCUCCAUGCGGGAGACGCCCUGGGGAUGUGCGUGGGUGGCACCAUUCCAUGGCCGCUGCGAUAUUCUCGUCCCCCAGAAUCAUCCCCGGCGCCACCCCUUUUCGCUGACCUUCAAACCAACCUCGGAUACGAGUUUCACCGUGGCGAUCUUUUGGUUGAAGCCGCGACCCACCCGUCUUUCGCAACCACUGCUGGAUCUUCUUAUCAGCGGUUAGAAUUCUUGGGCGAUGCUGUCAUUGACCUUGUCGUCAUGAGGUAUCUGUUCAACAAGUUCCCAGAAGCCACUUCAGGUCAGCUGUCGGCUGCUCGUUCGCGAGCUGUGUGUGGGCCAACCCUUGCCUCCAUUUCUGUGAGGCGGCUCGGCCUUCACAAGCAUUUACUUAUCAAUAAUGUGGAACUAAGCACUGCGAUCGCGAGACACGUUCCCCUGCUCACAUCUCUCUCCCCUGAGGACACCAUCAGCAAGGGAUGGAAAUACGAUCCGCCGAAAGCGCUGAGCGACGUGCUGGAAAGCAUUGUUGGAGCAGUCUUGGUUGACACCCGUUUCGAUUUUGAGAAAACGGCGGUCAUAGUCGAAGCGGUGAUCAGCGAUGUGCUGGAAGCCCUGACAACGGAUCUACCUCGAGACCCUGUGUCUGAGUUGAUGGUCUGGGCAGCUGCUGCAGGAUGCAGGCGGAUAUCCUUCCAGAAGACACAGAGUAAUCCAGAUCUCCGCCGAAACGAUAGUGUGUCUGUGGUCGUGCAUGACGUAGUUGUCGUCGGCCCUAUUACAGCCACUAACCUGUCUUUGUCGAAAGGUCUUGCAGCGGAACGCGCACGCAAUGUCUUGGCUGAUCCGACGUUUGACAAGUGUCUCGAAAAGUUGUGCGAUUGCGUGCGGGACUUGGCCCCUGUCGUCCCAGAAGCUGCAGAAGCUAUCGUCGAUGAUGAUACCACGGCUCCUUUGAGGCUCACUGAUGAGACUGAGGAGGGUUUUGCUGCCAUCGCCAAGCAGAAACUGCGCGACGGGGAUGUUGGGUCUGCUCAGGAUAAUGAUGGGUGUGAUGACGAUGUGGUGGAUAUGGAUGUGGAGGAAUGAUUGACAAGGCAUGUAGGCCACUUUUUUUUGUUAUUUUUUGAUGCCCGUCUCUGUUUUGGGGUGAUGGUUGGUAUACGGAGCCGAAGAGUGUUCCCAGCCUGUGCGGAAGGAUUGGAGAUGUGUUUCCGUCCAGGGUGGGCUGGUUCUGGGCAUCCGUUGUACUAUAUACUGAUUAGAAGAAACGCUUCUUUAUGUUUUCUUACACGUGGCACUCUGUGUAGUUGGCCGUACAAGCUACAUAUGUAUAAUUUAAGACGAGCUGAUUAUCUCUUGGAAAA